UAUGGAAAACACUGUGGCAUAUUCUGCGGAGCUUUGCCCUGCAAGGAGCAAUUUUCUUAGAUCUCUUCUGAGCAGACACAAGUAACGAGCAUGUUAGCAGACGAUGAUUACAGUCCAGCGCGGCUGCAAGCUGCCGCGUGGACAAGCUGUUGACUGCUGUUCCUGGGAGCUGAUUUGAGAAAGUGGAAUGCAGAGUGAUAAUGCUGCAUAUCUGCUAUCAGGCAGCAGAAAAGGUUUUGUCUGGGGACGGCAAGCCUUCCCUGCAAUAUUAUCUCAGCAGCUCUCUAGCUGCUUACCCUGAGCAGUGGUGACCCCCAAAGAAGGUGUUAUCGUCUGCUAAGCCAGGUCCCAAGCGUGGCGGUUGCCUCUGAGCGGCGGGUCUGAAAAAGCAGGUGUGUGCUCAGAUGGGCACUGGGCUGGAACGCAGGCGGACGCUCUCGGGUUUACCUGCUUCCUGUUAACAGAUUGUUGGCUCUGAGAGCAUCUGCCCGCACACUGGGGCCAGCGGAGAAGGCGGGCUUGGUGUUUCCCUCCUGACGGACAGAGACACUUGGAUUGAACUUAAUCUUAAACCUCUGGAGUUCAAGACCUUGUAAAAAGGGCUAAAUAAACAAUCUCUACAUGUAAAAGGCCACUGACUCCUGCUUCCUCUGUUUGGAGCAACUGUGGAAACCCAGCUGCCGGUCCGAAGAGCCAGAAUAGAACAGAUUCAUAUACCAUUCUGAUCUGGGUGCAUUUCUUCCCAAGGAAAACUGAAGACUUUAAUAAAAAACCCUCCAAGGUCAAAAUGAAUACAGAUAGCGGUGGGUGUGCUCGCAAACGUGCUGCCAUGUCCGUAACAUUAACAUCUGUGAAGAGAGUUCAAAGUUCUCCAAACCUUUUGGCUGCAGGGCGUGAUUCACACUCACCAGACUCAGCUUGGAGAUCUUACAAUGAUCGAAAUCAAGAGACACUGAAUGGAGAUGCUACAUAUUCCUCUCUUGCAGCAAAAGGUUUUAGAAGUGUUCGACCAAACCUGCAAGAAAAAAAAUCACCAACACAGGCCCCCUUUCCACCACCCAGAAAAGAGAGCCUAGGUAGCCCAUUGAGAACUAACCCCACGAAGAUUGAUCUUUUAGGUUCACUAUUAACCAACACACAAAUUCCUUCCUGUCUAGAGGACAUUGCUAAUAAAACUCUUCAGGAAGCUAUGUAUUCUAAUGAAGAUACCAACCAGACAAUUGUGUAUUCUGAAGAAUCUAACACAACUGUAUCAUAUACACAGAAAAUCACUAAUUCACUACCAGCUACAUCCAGUGCAGGUCCCUCACCAAAUGCUGACACAAAUUCCCCAUUGCUCCAAGAGGACUACACGCAAGAUUCUCAGACUCGGAAGAUUUCUACCUUGAAACUAAUCCAUAACCAAGAACCGGGAACUAGCAACCCUCUUAAUACCUCACUAGUUUCCAAACCAGAUGAAGUACCACCAUUUCCCAAAAGGCCUUGUUCACCAGCUGCUAAUCCAGAGCCAGAGGUACACAAAGCAUCCCUUUCCAUUCAGAUAGCUCCCCUUUCAGGCCAGGAUCCCGAAAACAACAAACCUGAGCUUCCUCCAGUGACUACAAAGAUACCACUUCAGCAAGAGGAGCAAAACCCUGCAGUUGCUGUGGCCCCAUCCUCAGACCGUUCUGUGCUUGGAAACCAGAACUUAACUGCCAAUGUGCUGGAGAGCCAGAUAACAGUGAAUGGAAACUCGGGAGGUGCUGUGAGUCCAAUGAGUUACUAUCAAAGGCCAUUUUCCCCUUCCGCUUACUCGCUUCCAGGCUCAUUCAAUUCAAGCGUUAUCAUGCAACAUGGCCGGUCACUCGAUUCCACAGACACCUAUCCGCAGCACACGCAGUCCCUGGAUGGCACCCUGGCCAGCUCAAUACCACUGUACAGAUCCUCGGAAGAAGAGAAGAGAGUGACGGUCAUCAAGGCCCCGCAUUACCCGGGGAUCGGGCCGGUGGAUGAGUCGGGAAUCCCCACAGCAAUUAGAACGACGGUUGACCGGCCGAAGGACUGGUACAAGACAAUGUUUAAGCAAAUUCACAUGGUGCAUAAGCCGGAUGAUGACUCUGACAUGUAUAAUACUCCUUAUACAUAUAAUGCAGGCCUGUAUAACUCACCCUACAGUGCUCAGUCACAUCCAGCAGCAAAGACUCAGACCUACAGACCCCUCUCCAAAAGCCAAUCAGAUAAUGGCACUGAUGUCUUUAAGGAUGCCUCUUCUCCGGUCCCUCCCCCACAUGUUCCUCCACCAGUCCCUUCACUGCGACCCAGAGAUCGGUCUUCAACAGAAAAGCAUGAUUGGGAUCCUCCAGACAGAAAAGUGGACACAAGAAAAUUUCGUUCUGAGCCGAGGAGUAUUUUUGAGUAUGAACCUGGGAAGUCAUCAAUUCUGCAGCAUGAGAGACCACCCCCCCUCCCUCCAGCUCCGACACCUGCACCCAGGGAACCUGGCCGGAAGCCUAUUUCUAUUGCACCCUACGGAGGAGCAGUAACUGGUAGCCCCUCCCCUCCACCCCGGAGUGGCAUCCCCAUACCAAGUUCAUGCACCCCAGCACUCUCUCCCAUAUGGACUGAUCGCAUAAAUCCAGAUGACAUAGAUUUAGAAAAUGAGCCCUGGUAUAAAUUCUUUUCAGAGCUGGAGUUUGGACGCCCGCCUCCUAAAAAGGCUCUGGACUAUGUUCAAGAUCAGUCUCCUGGUGUUUCCAAUGAGGCCUCUUUAUAUCAAUCCUCUCUAGACAGAAGCUUGGAAAGACCAGCUAGUUCUGCCAGCCUGGCCAGUGACUUUAGGAAAAGGCGGAAGAGUGAGCCCGCAGUGGGGCCACCACGAGGUUUGGGGGAUCAAAGUGCAAGCCGCUCUAGCCCCAGUCGGGCCGACCUCCCGGGUUCAAGCGCCACCCUGACCAAGUCUUUCAUGGUUUCUUCUCCUUCUUCCCCAUCAAGACCAAAAGGUGGGGACCGUAGCAAAACGUGCCCAUCCCUUUGCAAUUACUCAGGGCUCAACAGCACCCCCUCCAGUGAGUUAGAUUACUGUAACACCUACAGACAUCAUUUGGAUGUCCCAAGUGACUCUCAGAGGGCCAUCACUUUCAAGAAUGGCUGGCAAAUGGCUCGGCAAAACGCAGAGGUCUGGAGUAGCACAGAAGAAACAGUUUCCCCCAAAAUCAAAUCUCGUAGUUGUGAUGAUCUCCUGAAUGAUGACUCUGAUAGCUUUCCAGACCCCAAAACCAAGUCUGAAAGCAUGGGCUCUCUGCUCUGCGAAGAAGACCCCAAGGAGAGCUGUGCCCUCACGUGGGCUUCCCCCUACAUCCAGGAGGGAAGAGGUAAUGGCAGGUUAAGGCUUCGGCAUAGGUCAGCCCAUGAUGCCCCGGGGUUCCUAAAGAUGUACAAGAAAAUGCACCGCAUCAAUCGCAAAGACCUGAUGAACUCUGAGGUUAUUUGUUCCGUCAAGUCGAGAAUAAUGCAGUAUGAAAAGGAGCAACACAAGGGCCUGUUCCAUGGCUGGAGCCAGUCCUCCACGGAGGAGGUGCCCAGAGACAUGGUCCCCACCCGUAUCUCCGAAUUCGAGAAGUUGAUUCAAAAGUCAAAAUCCAUGCCCAAUCUAGGAGAUGAACUGUUAUCUCCAGUCACCCUAGAACCCCCACCAAAUGGCCUGUGUUCCCAAAGGCGAUUUUCCAUUGAGUCUUUGCUGGAGGAAGAACAUCAGAGUAGACGCCCUUCUCAGGUACAACGGAACUACCAGUCUAAAACCCUCGUGCCAAUUCAGAUUGAGGUCACCAGUGAGGAACAACCGCGCAGUCACGUGGACUUUUCAGAUAGUGACCAGGAUGGCGUGGUGUCUGACCACAGUGAUUACAUCCAUGUGGAAGGAUCAUCCUUCUGCAGCGAGAGUGAUUUUGAUCACUUCUCUUUCACAUCCUCGGAAAGUUUCUACGGCUCCAGCCACCACCAUCACCACCAUCACCACCACCAUCACAGGCACCUCAUCAGCUCCUGCAAAGGCAGGUGCCCUGCCUCGUACACUCGCUUUACCACGAUGCUAAAACACGAAAGGGCCAAGCAUGAAAAUACAGAGGAGCCCAGAAGAAGGGACAUGGACCCUGGCCUUUCGAAACUUGCAUUUUUAGUCAGUCCUGUGCCUUUCCGGAGGAAAAAAAAUCCAACUCCCAAAAAACAGACCGAAAAAGCAAAAUGUAAGGCUUCUGUAUUUGAGGCUCUGGACUCUGCCCUGAAAGACAUCUGCGACCAAAUUAAAGCUGAAAAGAGAAGAGGGAGUUUGCCAGACAACAGUAUACUGCACCGUCUCAUCAGUGAACUGUUGCCGGAUAUUCCUGAAAGGAAUUCUUCCCUUGGUGCUCUGAAAAGGAGCCCCAUGCACCAGCCUUUUCACACACUGCCUCAAGAUGGUGCUAUUCAUUGUCCAUUGUACCAGAACGAUUGUGGGAGAAUGCCUCACAGUGCCUCUUUCCCAGACGUAGACACCACCACCUACCACCACCAAGAGCACGACAGUGCACUGAAUCUCCAAGACCGAGAGUCCCCUAGAAGUUAUUCGUCCACUUUGCCUGACAUGGGGAGAAGUGCACCAAGGGAAAGAAGAGGAACUCCAGAAAAAGAGAAAUUGCCUGCAAAAGCCGUUUAUGAUUUUAAGGCACAAACAUCUAAGGAAUUAUCUUUUAAGAAAGGAGAUACUGUCUACAUCCUCAGGAAAAUAGACCAGAAUUGGUAUGAGGGAGAACACCAUGGCAGAGUGGGCAUUUUCCCCAUCUCAUAUGUUGAGAAACUCAUGCCUCCUGAAAAAGCACAGCCUGCAAGACCUCCACCCCCAGCUCAGCCCGGAGAAAUUGGCGAAGCUAUCGCCAAAUAUAACUUCAAUGCUGACACAAAUGUGGAGCUUUCUCUGCGGAAGGGAGAUAGAGUGAUUCUUCUUAAAAGAGUUGACCAAAACUGGUAUGAAGGUAAAAUUGCAGGAACCAGCAGACAAGGCAUCUUCCCUGUUUCCUACGUAGAAGUCAUCAAAAAGAAUACAACCAAAGGUGCUGAGGAUUACCCAGAGCCACCAAUACCCCACAGCUAUUCUAGUGAUAGAAUCCACACCUUAAGUUCAAAUAAGUUGGCUUCCAGUGAACCAGUCCCUCUUCUCUUGCACAAAGCUUCAUCUGACCCCCAUAAAGGAGCCCUCCAGGAAAUCGUCCAGGGUCAGCGAUCCCUGACAUCCAAGUAUCUGCCAGCAAUCCCGUUGGCCCCAAUUCUACCGCAUUUUCUGGACAACUUCUUGGAUGAACUAGAGCAGUUUAAAGCUUUAACCUUAUCAUCUGACCAAACUGACCCAAAUAUCCUAGAAGACAUCGCCCUUGAAAUUAAAGAGGAGCCCUCUGUUCUCCUCCCAUUGCCUCCAGCUUCUGUGCCUGCUGGAUCAUCUUCCUCUCUGCUGCCUUUUCCCCACUCUGGUGAGACCUCAGUUGCAUCCCAUUCUGAGGUAACACCCUGGCUGACUCUCAUGAACACAACUCGAGAUGAGCUUUCAGAUUUGAUCAAAAUGAGAAGGGGCAUUGGAGACCCUAUAAAGUCAUAUGAUGUACUUGGUGAUAAGUUUGUAACCUCUAUACCUCCAAAUGUGGGUUCCUUACCCCAAACUUUACCUGUCAUUGGAGAGGAAGAUGAAGAAGUCUUUGAGGGGGUGAUAUCAGGCAUCCAAAGAUGGCAAGAAUCGCAACAACCAGAUGACCUUUGGGGUAGCCGUGAUGACACAACCGUGGCAUCAAGUCUGCACAUUGAAGAAGAGGAAGAGGAGAGAAAAUUUGAUGACUUUAAAUCUCUGGUAGCCACCCCCACAAAUGCUAGGAUCCCUAAGGAAGAGAGAAAUGCCACACAAACCAGUAAUGAGCUGCCUUCCUUUUCUUCUGGAGAUCGAACAUCUACAGCUUUGCCCAGCCGUCUGCUCUGCUCCCCUCCCUUUCAUUCACCCUUGGCUUCUGUCUCUGACCUGGUCUCUGCAUUUCCUCAGUCUGUCCAGCCCUAUUCACCACCUCUCCUCCCUAAACACUCUUAUCAGCAGGAAAUAAGCUCACCUAAGUUAAAGCCACAGCGUCCUGUGUUUACUCAUGAAAACAUUCAAGGUGGGGGGGAACCGUUUCAGGCUCUGUAUAACUAUACUCCUAGAAAUGAAGAUGAACUGGAACUCAGAGAAAGUGACGUCAUUGAUGUGAUGGAAAAAUGUGAUGAUGGAUGGUUUGUAGGCACCUCGAGAAGAACCAAAUUCUUUGGUACUUUUCCUGGAAACUAUGUCAAGAGGCUAUGAAUCACUGUCCCUCUAUUUAUGCCGCAUUUCAGCAACACGUCUGCAUAAAUCUGCCUGAACUAUGCCGGCAGGCCCUCUGUUGUCAUGCCUUACAGUUUCCAGUAGAAGUUAUUCACCAUCACCAUCUCCACCUGCCUCAGAACCACCAGCUACGUUGCUGCCGCAGCUGCCAGCGGGCGUGCUUCUGAGGAGAAGUGCACGCGCCUGCUUUCUGCUCCCAGCUUGGGAAAGUUGAUAUGUGGAUUCAAAGAAACACGUUAUACUUUUUAAAAGAGGUUUUAAAAAAGAAGAAAAAAAGUGUUUAAAAGAGGUUCUGGUCCACUUUGCCAGGGAUUCUUUCCUCGGGCAACCAGAAGCCUGUUACUCACUAAAUGCUGUGGUUUUCAUUUUUAUAUUCUUAGCGUGGUGGUUACUUUCCUUUCACGAGUUUGCCUACUGUUCUGGUUUACACGAUAUAGCAACUGUACUUCAGCUAUUGUUUGCCUGCACUUAGAUGUUGUAAUAUGCACAGUGAUUACAAAAUCUAAAGCAAGAGUAGAAAAGUUCAUUCGGACGAGUGUGAUUUUGUUGAUUGAAUGUGAGCUUUCAAAUAGGAGGAGUCUUUUUCUUUUCUGCGCUUUUUUUUGUACUUUUUAGAAGUGCAAAUAGUAAGUGAGUAAGAGCCUUUGGUCAUAAUCAUGAGAAUACAAGAAGUUUAGCUAGACUAAAAAAACAAAAACUAUUGUGUUGUAAAGUUGCAUCGCUAUUUUAUAUUAAAAUGUAAUAAUCAGCAUCAUGAACAAUGAGCUCUUAGUGUGUUAUUUAUCUGAUAAAAUUUAAAUAAAAGCAGUGUUAGUGAGAGGUGCAAAGAUUAUCCUAACAUAGACACUUGAAAGUAUCUGUAAGCAAUAUUCAUAGGUAAGAUUUCACUGUGUGUACACAUAUCCAUUUGAGAUUGAAUAGAACUGGCAAUCCAAAUGAGAUGUUGUACAUUUAAUGGAAAUGUAAAAGAAUCCCACAUAUUAUUUUGUAGAAAAUAGAGUAUUUCAGGAGCAUCACAAGUAUUAAGGCUGGUUUUAGCAAGGAUUACAAUCAUUACGAUUAUUUUUACUAUAAUAAUUAUUUUUCUUCUCCGGAACUCAGAAUCCUGGCUACAUUUGAGGACAGGAAUAUGUUGAGCCUGAUUUUCCUGGUGUGUGUAAAUAUUUCUUUGGGCCUAUUUGGCACUUUUUCAAAGCAAUGUUAAGUCAUUCAGGUUAUAUUUUCUGACUGGAAGUAGAAACAGAAAAUGAUGCUGAGGCCUGAAAGAUGUGCUGUUUAACAGUGCCUGACUUACACAUACUCUGAAAAUUAGCUUUGUAUUUCUUAUGACUUUGCAUAAGAACUGUUCCUAUUUUGAUCUUGAGCACCUUAUAGAUCUAACUUUUUAUGGCAUUUCUUCUGUGGACAGUAGCAGUCUUUUCAGAGCCUACAUAAACUCUAGAAUUUUGUAUAUAUGUUUGCUCUUUUUUGGUACAGACUAGUUGAGAAACACAGAGAAAUUUCCUAAUUCGGUCUUUAGCCUUCACUUAAACUAAGCUAGAAAGCUGUCAACGGAUUAUUCUUUGCCUAUCCCACAGAUAUAAGCACGUCUUGAUAGUGUGAUUCUAUAAGAUAGAAAUAUGCAAAAGUUUAUGAACUUAAAAGACCUUCAAGCCAAACUAAAAUGUACAUAAAUACUGAAUGCAGAGGAAUUUCAUUAGGAAGAAGAUAGGGAAACAUCCCUGAGUAGCCUGCCUUGAUCACUGUCAAGUUCACAACCAACUUUAUAUUUAAAAGGCCUUGGGUUUGAAAUUAAGUCAACUGCAUGCAGCUUUGCUAAUAAAUGAAUAAUUAUCUCUGAUGACAUUUAUGAGAAAAGACUUCAAUAUCCGUUGCCUGUCAUAUUUAAGAAAAAUUACUGUUUCUACUCUCUGUAUCUUAUUUUAAAUGAAAAAUAUUCACACCUGGCUUUCAGGUAAUUGACUUUGAAUUCUUACAAGCAAAGGUCUUUGUGUUUUUCUUGAAUAGACAUCUAAUAAAUUUUGCUUGGAAGUACA